UCAGCCCAGGGAUCCCACACCAGGGACAGCAAGGGCACUCUGCAGCAGUCUAGCCCGACUCCUACAAUUUACCUCCACCCAGCAGAAGCAUGAAGACCUCCACAUCUGCCCUUGCUAUACUUUUUGUGGCUGCCCUCUGCUGCCCAGUCUUCUCUUCUCCAACUUCUGUCAACCUUUCUGGUCCCUGCUGCGUCCAAUACAGCGCCAAACCACUUCCCUCGAGCCGCGUGGUGAUGUAUGAGCACACAGGCAGCCACUGCUCCCAGCCAGCUGUGAUAUUUACCACACAUGCAGGCAAGAUGGUCUGUGGCAAACCUGGUGAUAAGUGGGUCCAGGACAUCGUGAAUUGCCAAAAGGACAAGGCGAGCAGUGGAUGA